UAUAUAAACCACACUAGUUUCUUUGGCCUCACAAAAGCACUUGGUGAAGGAUCAACCAAUCAGAAAAUACACGCCACACACAGAAACACCAAAUUAAUUUACUUUUCCAGCCGGCGAUAUCUAACUCGCCGGAAAAUGAAUAUUCCGGCCGACGAUUCUGAUUCCUUGCUCCACGAAUACUGUCCUCUUGCUUCCUUACAUCAUAGUAACGUUUUACAUGAGAAGUCCUAACCAACUCCACCAAAGAACUCAUUUAUGUUUAUAGCAAAUCGGAGAACUAACGGAUGAUUUUCUUUUUCUUUUCUUUUCAGUAAAUAUUAUAUGUUUAAUUAUUGUGAGUUUUUGUUCGAUCUCUGAGAAAUGAUGAUGAUCGGAGAGAAAGAGCAGAAUUUGAAGCCAUUGGUAUUGGGAAAUUUUUCGCUUUAGUUUUGAGUAUUUGCUUUUGCUUUUGAUUUUGAUUCCCUGACACGCAAAGCUAGUACUGUACUUAUUAAGAGCUCUGAGAAUUCAACUGACGUAACAGAGACUCAGAGAGUAUAAUCAAGCGCAGUACGAUUUUGUAGAAAAUGCCUUUUCCGAUGAGAAUUCAACCGAUCGAUUCGCAAGAAUACAGAGAGUCGUCCAUACGCAACGACGCCGUAAAGCCGCCUGUGUUUAAGUCGAGGCUAAAGCGGCUUUUCGAUCGGCCGUUUAGAAUUUCAUCGGCCGAGAAGCUAACCGCCAGUGGAGAGAAGGAUGGAGAAGCCGCCGCACCGGAUUUUGAGCCUAGCUCUGUUUGUCUGGACAAAAUGGUUCAGAAUUUCAUUGAAGAUACCCAUGAGAAGCAAUCGGCGGCGGCGUCUGCAGUCGCUGUGAAAUGUGGCCGCAAUCGCUGCAAUUGCUUCAACGGUAACAUCAAUGACAGCUCCGACGAUGAAUUUGAUUCUUUCUUUGACUCCACUCCUAACUCUUCCUUCAACGACCCUUCCGAAACACUCAAGAGUUUGGUAUUAUGUGCGAGUGUUGUGGAGAGGAAUCUGCUAGCCGAUAUUUCGAAAAUUAUGGAAAAGAACAAAACUUCUAAGCGCAAAGACGAUUUGAGGAAAAUCGUCACCGAUGGUCUACUUGCUCUUGCUUACAACGCCUCCAUUUGUAAAUCCAAAUGGGAAAAGUCUUCCUCAAUCCCAGCUGGCGAGUACGAGUAUAUAGAUGUGACAGCGGAAGGGGAGAGGCUGAUAAUUGACAUAGAUUUAAGAUCGGAAUUCGAAAUAGCCCGAUCAACGAGCAAUUAUAAGGGUAUUCUACAGUCUCUACCGAACAUUUUCGUCGGGAAACCAGAUCGGCUUCUCCAAAUUGUUUCGAUUGUGUCGGAUGCCGCCCUGCAGAGCCUUAAGAAGAAAGGCAUGCAUAUUGCGCCAUGGCGUAGAACUGAAUACAUGAAAUCCAAAUGGUUCAGUCCUUACACCCGAAUCAGGAUGAUGCUCCCAUCAAACGAUGCCGUUGAGGUACCGGCCGUCGCCGAAGCUAAAUACAUACCUGAGGCUGAAGAGGCUGUAAAGGAUGAGGCAGAGACGGAUGUUUUGGAGGGUGAGUUUGGGGAACUGGAUUUAAUUUUUGGAGAGAGAACGUGGUCUUUGCAGUCUGACUAUGAGGAACCUAAAUUACCUUCAACUCCGGCAAAAAAUUCCGGCGAGGAUGAAAGGCUUGUUUUCCCGCCGUCGAUGAUGUGGCAGUUACAGGCAGUGAAGCCCAAGAUUUCCGACGCCGGAAACAGGGUGGUUGUUACCGGAUUAGCUUCACUCCUCGAAGAAAAACUUUGAAAAUUUUGUUAACUUUUUUUUCUAAGAAAUUCCUAACUCUUCUAUAUAAAUAAAUACAAAAAAUAUAUACUCCGUAUAUGAAAUCGGAGUUGAAAUUGAGAAUAUUGCACCAGUUUUGUUUAUGCAAGAAUUUCCCUUUGCAAAAUUUAGAACCACCUGUAAUAAUAUAAGAAAAUAAAUAAAUAAUAUGAUAUGAUUGUGUAUAUUCAUAGCAGUUGUGUCCUUGGUAGGAAACACAGUGGAUAAAUAAUAAUUUUUAUUUUAUUUA